AUGCGAAUCUGGACUUCAAUCGCCUGCCUAAGCGGCAUGGUCUCUUUGGCCACCGCCGCGGUGGUGCCUCGAGUGGAUGAGAUUGCACUGUCAUCUUGCACAACUUCUGAGGAGUCUGUGACUGUCGUCACCAUUACAGUCCACCCUCAGACGGCCACCACUAUCACAGUCACCGCUGGUGUCUCGUCUCCGUCGAGCCUCUCCAGUGCUCUUCCUUUCCCCUUCCCGGGAGAUAGCUCUCUGGGCUCUGAGUCGACGACUUGCACGGAUGAAGAUUCUGGAUCUACCGAUGUUUCUAUUAUUACGGUUACGCCGUCCUUGUCCUGGUCAUUCACAUUCUCAACGGAUACAACUUCCUCGUCAGCUGAUGCUGUCACUGCUGGCGGCCCCAUCCAGACUGUCACAGUUUACGUCCCAGCCCCGACGCCAGUCACGGUGACUGUUGGUCCCCCGUUCAGUCCUUCAAGUGCGAGUACUGUGACCUCGGACACAGAGUGUCCCGUUACGAUCACAUAUACGCUCUCUCCAGGCCCUGUGUUUCCUAGCGGUUUCACUGGGACCCUCACCCUCGGUGGUUCGAAACCGUCGUCUACCCCAGAGGUAUCGUCCGCAUUUGACCCGUUCUCAACUUUCCCAGAGAGCAGCACCUUCGGCACGCCGUCAUCUCCUAUCCUUGGACCAGUGACGUCCAGCGAUGCAGACUCCAGUGACGUUUCUGUCGACGUCGUCACCUACACAAUUCCUGCCCAGGGCACUUCGUCUGCACAAAUCGGCACCGUCACAGUGACGUCCGGUGCAGCCCAAUCGACAGUCUCAGACAGCGUCUUCACUCUCACGCUUUCGGUGUUUGAGCCAUCGUCACCAACCUACAACAUUCCAAUUAGCUCUCAGCCAGGAACUGUGACCGUGACUGUAACGAGUGCUCCGGAUGACGAUGGCAAUGAUGAUGACGAUGACUGGUGGACAGUUUGGACGAAUAGCUGGGAGAGCAUCUCCACAAUCACUGCUAUUGACGACCACUCCUCUACUGUAUCGUCUCAAGAUGCUCUAUCUAUCUGGACGAGUGAUGAAGGAGCUACCGUUGUGACCGUCACGGAGAUUGAAGAGCUCACUGCCACGCCAUCUUCUCCUGGCAAGCCGUGGCCGACAGGGUAUGACAGUUCCGGCGCGUCGGUGGUCGUCGUGACCUACACCAUUCCUGGAGGGUCUUCCACUUAUACCGUCACCUACACGAUCCCUCCCCUGUCAACGCCUAGUGAAAGCACUUACACCCCAUUCUGGUCUGCCUCCCCGAGCUCUAUCUCUUCUGUUGCUGCCGUGAGCUCAUCAGCUCCGGAUACAAUUGUGACUGUUACUGUUUGGGAGACAACUGAUUCUCUCUUGUUCCCCACUGGUGACACUGUCUACGGAGGACCUUCAAGCAAUCUUCCAGAUGAUGGUGUUCUCACUUUGACCGUCACUGUGACGGACGACCAACCUGUCUGGGCUACAGACGUGACCACACAGACAGGGUAUGGUCACCAUACCACGGCUGCCAAUGCUUCUGGCGCGCUGCCUCAGCCAUACGGCUCGAACACCUCCAGUCGGUCGUCUUUUGAUCCCUGGCUGACUACCGCCAGCGGUGAGCCUUAUGGGGGUCCGGAUGAAUCCACAGUUGCAGUCUCUGAGGUGACUUUCACCCAAACUGUGCCGCUCGGCCCAGACAGCUCGACCGUCAUUGUGGUCACGACAGAAGUUACUGUCGACGUCACUCCAACCUCCAGCUCUUCUCCCACGCCAUCGCCUUCCGUGAUCAUCACUCCGGUGGUUGGGACGUUUACGCUUUCAGGAGCAUACGGCACUACUAUCGUGCUUACAUACACCACGGAGCUGACAAUCACAACCGCGCUGCCGCCUGAAUCCUCGGACUUGUCGACUGGUCUCGUUGACCCAACAUCCUUGUCGCCAUCGUUUUCGGGCAACUUUAGCAGUCCCUCUUCUUCGACAUCCUGCAGCACCAGCGACGUCUUAGGCCUCGAGACAUCGACGUUCUCUCAGGAGAACCCUGUGCCGACAGAGGUGUCUGUUUGGCCCCCUCCUGGUCCGAGCAGCACCUCGUGUUCGACUACUUCCUCGACGAGCGUUUUGCCGUUGUUCACUUCUGCAUCGAGCUCUACCACCUCGUGCAGCAACAACUCUACGACGUCAUCCCAUCGCUUGGCUCAUCACACAUCUCACGCCUCUCUUGGAGGGUCAUCGACGCUUGGCGGAUAUGUCUUCCCAAGUUCGGACGGAGCUUAUGGUGGGGAAUGGUCGUCAGACAGCGAGUUUAGCACAGUGGCGCCGUUACCUAACAGUCCCUCCUCCACCCUGACCCCUGUCAUCAGCUCGGCGCUUCCCUCGAUUAAUUCCAAUACUAUCUUGUCGACUCCGGAAGUCACAUUGACUGAUGGGCCGACAAUCCCGACAUGGUCGUUUAGCUCGGUCAAUCUGCCGACGAUCUCGUUUGUCAGUUCUGUCUCUGCCAUCACUGGAUCGGCCGAAGCCUCAGCAGCUCCAACCGCACCUGCCAGUUCACUGAGUACCCCGAUCCCAGUCAUCUCAACAGUUCCUACGCUCUCAUCGUCUGUGGCCCCGGACCUCACAACUAGCCACGAGUCUCCUGAACAGACAAGCAGCUCCAUAUCAUCCAGUUCUGGAGUUUCAAGUUCAGUGCUAAGCCACUUGUCCUCUGGCACGGAGUUAAGUCCCAGCAGCACGAUCUCUCACACUACGACGACCUCCAUCAGCGGCUCCCCGCCACCUCCAUUUGUUCCAACGUCUUGGGUCAAUAGCAGCGCUCCGAGUACCCUACCAACUGAGGUCUCAUCGACAUUAAAUGGCACCAUUUCUCCUCCAGCAACGCUUACAAGCAGUGUGCCUGCUGAACUGUCAUCUGAAAUCUCAACCACGCUCAAUGGCACUAUACCACCUGUGCCUCUUACGAUUAGCAUUGUUUCAGUCCCCACUAAUGUCUCAUCAACAUUGAAUGGCACUAUCACCCCUACUAUCCCGCUUACAAGCAACGUUGUCUCAACGUUCACUCCAUCUGUACUGCCCACAAUCCCGCCGAUGCCGCUGAGCAUCCACCAGCCUAAGUCAUCGGUUUUUUCCCUGAUGACCAUCUCCAGAGAGGUCUCUCCCGAUUAUGUCGCCAAAUGCGGGGCUGAAGAAGAUCGCGGUAGUGUUGUCUUAACGUUUGAUGACAUCCCGCCCCUGUCUGUCGACAAGAGUGCGAACGGCGAGAUCGGUCCCCAACCCGUGCCCUUCCCGUAUCACAGGUUCUUCUUCUCCCCUGAUCUCCGUGUUGUGUCUUCGUCGUCGGUAAAGUACAAGCCGAUCUCGGGAGGCCAGCUCUUGCAGCACAAUCACUCUCACCACUCCGUGGCUCAACUCGGGCUAGCUUGGCUCCGCAGCAAUGAUUGCUUCCGCUUCAACUUCCGAGGCAUCAGUCUAGGGUGUGACUCCGUGGACGCUCCCUGCGUCUUCACAGUGACGGCGUUGAACUGGGACGGGGUUGAUGAUGCAGUUCAGGGAGCGACCACACUGGAGAUCCCUGCUUGCCCGGCGGCAACCGAUUGCGAGCUCAGACGUCAGAUUUUGGACCCUAUUACGGCAUCGACCUUCACCAACCUCACUGCCGUUAACAUCACCCUAUCUUCUCCCGCUCAGGCACAAGCCUGGUGGGCUGAUGAUAUCCAGAUCUCUUGGGCCGACACUGGAUGCAAUGCCGCUGCAUGCCGAGCCAAGGUACCUGACCGAACCAUGACGAAUAACUCUCCCAAGUCAUUCCCUGGCAAGCCCCGCCGUUACAUGCGCUGGGGCUCUCGUCAGCUUCAUGCCUAA